UAUUAGAGGGAGGGGUGAGGAGUGAAGGGAGGAGGAGGCUGGAGGAGUUGGAGGGGGAGUUCUCUCCGCUGCGCCCUAAGCCGCAGUCCAGUGCGUAAAGAGCGCAGAGCAGCGCAGCAGAGGGACUCUCUCUCUCUCUCUAACUGUCCUCUCCUCCACGGUCCGGGAUUACAGUUUUCCUCUCCGUCCGAACAGACCUGCUCUCUCAAAUGACGCUUGGUUCUUCUCCGUGAUUUCUUCGCCAUGAGCUGCUUGGAUGUGAUGUACCAAGUGUUUGGUCCUCAGCCUUAUUUCAGCUCCUACAGCCCCUAUCACCACCAGAAACUGGCCUUGUAUUCCAAAAUGCAAGAGCCCCAGGACAGCGGCAGCCGGCUCGGCCCCCUGGGGCCCCCGGCGAUCAAAGAGGAGGACAAGGAGCUGCCGCCGGGAGCUGAGUACCUGAGCUCCCGCUGCGUCCUCUUCACCUACUUCCAGGGCGACAUCAGCGCCGUGGUGGACGAACACUUCAGCCGAGCACUCAGCCAGACGACGGCGUACCCCGCCUCCAGCAGCCACAAGGCCGUAAGAGAUGGAUCAUUCCCAAUGAGCCAGAGAAGUUUCCCUCCAUCUUUCUGGAACAGCUCUUACCAGCCGUCCGUCUCCUCCACGCUGGGCAGCGCUCUGUCAGCUCCCCACACAGAGCUCUCCUUCCCUGGGGACCCGUACUCCUCCGCCUCCCUGCACAGCCACCUCCACCAGCCCAGCCCGGACGCCUGGCACCCGUCCCACCACCACCACCAUCACCACCACCACCCGUACUCGCUAGGCAGCGCCAUAGGCACCCAGGGCUCGGCGUACUCGCGCCCGGGCGUCCACGAGAUGUACGGCUCGGCGUUCGACCCGCGCUACGGCUCGCUGCUGGUGCCGUCGGUGAGGCCUCACCACCGGCUGACGUCCAGCAGCUCGGUACCGGGGCCCAGCGCCUCGCCCUGCGACCUUGGGGGGAAGGGGGAGUCGGGGACAGGGUCGAGCUGGAGUGGCGCCUUCACCGGAGCCGGAGCAGAGAUCGGACUCAACAUGGACGCAGGUCUACAGGCACAGGAUAAGAGCAAGGAUUUGUAUUGGUUUUAGAGACUGCUGAUCCUCUCCUCCUCCUCCUCCUCCUCCCUGCACUCCACCUCCUCCUCACUUCUCUCCUACUUUUCCUCCAAUCCUGCUCUGCUCUGUUUGCUCUGCUGCUGUUAUGGGAUGACUGACAGAGAAACUGACAGCAGUUUUUUUGUUUUUUUUUGUAACGGCUUCUGGUCUACUUGCAGCUCUGUGUUACGGUGGACUGUGCAGCAGCAGCAGCAGCGCAGCCCUGCUGAGCUGAAAGCCGACAGUGUGGAUACAAAGCAAGCCAAAAAAAAAAAAAUGUAAAAAGAGAAAAAGACUCGCAGAGAGGAGCGAGAGCGAUUCUGAUCUUGACGGAUGUGGACAAAGACCGAGAGACUUCUUUGUGCUUCUGUAACAGGGCAGGGACAACAUUCCUAAACUGGGAAAAAAAGAGAAAAAGUCUGGGGACAGACGGACAGAGACACAUGUGUUGUCAAACUCCAGAGAGACAAGCGCUCAGCUUGAAGGACUUGGCAGGACUUGCCUCAACUGGGACAACUGGGCUGCAGACACUGGGAGUGUGUUAUGGCUGGAGGAAAGGCCGAGCUGGUGUCGAGGAGGCCACACGGCAAGAGUUUGGCAGACGGCGAAAGGCAGGAGGAGUCCGAAACACUUUGGUUUACACGCAACAGUGAUUCAACCCAAAUAUCCCCUUUGUCUUUAUGUCAGGGCACGGUUAAAAGUUUAAACAGUUUUGCAUGGAUUUCAAAUGACAUCACGUUGUUUUAAAGCACAACUUCAGCUGCGUCCCAGCUCCAUACGAUGUUCCAACUCUGAGCAGGUUUGAAAACAAAAUAAAAGUCUGCUCAAAAAAAAGUUUGAAUGCAGAAAUCCUCUUGAUUUAUGACUGUGCAGCCGCCACACAAGUGAAGCAGCUGCUUAAAAAAAAAAAAAAAAAAAAAAAACUAAGAUGCACUGGCGAGACAGCCACAGGAAGAUCUGAUGUUGUUAACUGGCAAAGUCAGAGUUUGACCAACAUCCAUCGAGGCUGUUGAUACAAAACACAGUAAUGCCCUUCACUAUUAGUAUGUAGUAUGGAACUGGGACGCAGUUGUCGCCUCAGAAAGGUGCUGCACUGACCACAUGGAUUUGGUGUUAAAUCUCUUAUCAUAAAUGGAAUAAUCCGCUCUGUGUGAGUUUAAAUUUCAAGCUGUGCAUUACCUUCACAGGACAAUAAGUUUGGUAAUUGGUCAAUUGUUUACGUCAUUAAUCAAGCACUAAACGUGUGAGGAUGCAGAGUGAAUACUUUCAGGGUUUGGACUGUUUAUUAUACAAAACAUAAGCAAGUUAAUGUUGUCGUCUCCAGCUCAGCAGACAUUUUACAGAGUAAACAAUUCAAUCAACUGAAAUAUAAAGGACUGAUUAACAGAUUAUUACAUUUAAAUUACAUUAUAUUGACUCAUCCAGCGACUUUAAAGUGAAGGACAUCACUAAAGCUUCAGUGCAGUAGGAGACCUUGAGGUAAACACUAAGUGCUACAUCUAUGAGGCAAAGUGCAAGAAGAUAAAUUGAACAAGUGCAGCACAAGUGAAUAGUUGCAGCUUUAAUUGACAGACUUUUUUCUACUAUUUCUUAGUUGAAAUAACUGAGCUGUUAAAGACUCAACCUAACCUCAGUUAGCUUGUUUUAACUGUUUCAACUUACAAACAAAAGAAACCCCAACAUGCAAAAGCCCAAAUAAACAUCCUCAGGUGUUAAGAAAUCUCUAUUUGAUUGGAACUUUUUUAAAAUGCACAUUUUCAGAACACAGCAGCUGCUGGCGAACAGUCACCUCCUGUGUCCAUGUUGAUAUUUAAGUCAGUGUAAACUGUUUAAGAGCCUUUAACCUGCCGCUGAUACGAGGAUAAUGUGGAUAUGUUGACG